AUGGAGGAAACUUUUUUAUCUGCUAUAGUAAAAUUGAUUUUUUCUGUUAUAAUGUUAAUAUAUACUUCUCAAGAAUGUUUAAAUUUUAUACAAUUAACAUAUAAUACUGGUGUUAGAGUAGAUAGUAAUGAAGCUAUAAGAAUGCUAUUAAUUGUUUUUGUAAUGCAUUAUACCUGUUACAAUUCAUCAUAUCUUAUUCAUGAUGUCAUUUUAAAAAUGUCAAAAGAACAAAUUUUAAGAGAAUUACGUUUAGCUUAA